AUGGCUGCCACCACCACUACACAGACAUCCACUACAAUACAAAUGACGAAGCAAACAGGCGCGACAAGUCUUUUUGACCUGGAACCUGUUGUUACGACUCCAUCCAACAUUGAAACAUUCACAUCUAACAAUGUACCAUCACCAAUAGUAGUAGGCCAUAAUAAUAUCUCAUCGCUACAGCCUACCUCUCCAAAAGCACCGCCGGGCACAGUAUACGGCGCGGUUUACUCUGGUGUGCCCGUCUACGAAUGCAUAGUAAAUGACGUUGCCGUAAUGCGACGGCGUCCAGACUCUUAUUUGAACGCCACACAAAUCCUCAAGGUAGCAGGAUUGGAAAAAGGAAAACGUACGAAAAUUAUCGAGAAGGAAGUGCUCACUGGCGAACACGAGAAAGUGCAAGGAGGUUAUGGCAAGUACCAGGGAACCUGGGUUCCAUACGAACGCGGGAAGGAAUUGGCAGAACAAUACGGGGUAUUCGAAAUAUUAAAACCGAUUCUAGAAUAUAAACCACCUCGACCAGACGGACUCAUUAGCACAUCUACAUCACCAUCAAUAUCAUUCGCUAAUUAUACACCAACAAAGGAUGCUGAUGUACAGGCACAAGUGAUCAAAGAACAAUCGUUUAUCGAACAUUUGGAUAAAGAAAGUUUAAUCAGUGAAUCGGCAGUCAGCGGAGAAUCUAUGCUCAACGAGCAUGGAGAGAAAGAACAGUCGGCAGAGGAUACGGGUUUCGAAGAUAGUUCAAGUAAUGCUGAAAAGGUUGGGGAAUUCGAGCACUCGCUAGGGGAGAGUGAAGUUGAGGAAAUCAUAGUCAAACAAAACGAAAGCGUGAUAAAAGAUCACGAUACUCAAGUACGCGAGAUCAAAAAUCACGCAGUAGCAGAAGAUGAACGCGUGAUUCCAGAACGCGAAAAUGAAAAGCGCGUAGAGCAGGAACGCGAAGCUAUGCAACACGUCAUCGGCGAUCAUACAAGUAUAAUACCACAACACAAAGAGCCAAAGGGCAAGGAGCCGGCAGUUGUAUCUACAUCAAACGAGGGAUCAUUGACGAUUUCUCGAACACAAAUCCAAGUUAAUGGAUCCUCUGAAUAUCAAAAGUCAUCACCAGAAGAAUCAGGCGCCAUAUUAUUAUCAUUAGACCUCAACGAUUCGGAUGCUACUCCUACCCGAAAUUAUCUGUUAACCUUAAUAUUUAACGAUAAUUCGGAACAAAUACCAAGUCCCAUUCAAAUCAAUUCGGAAAUAGAUUUUGAUAUAAAUCAAUCAAUAGACGCAUUUGGACAUUCGAUGCUUCAUUGGGCAGCUGCGCUGGGAAGAUUUCAAGCACUCGAACUAUUACUGACAAAAGGAGCCAAUGUGACUCGGACCAAUUCUGCAGGGGAAUCUGCAUUAAUACGUGCAGUUACAUGGACAAAUAAUUACGAACAUGAGACCUUCCCAGUAGUAUUAAAUCUUCUUCACGAUACAAUCCCACUCACGGAUAACAAUAAUCGAACUGUAUUCCACCAUAUUGCAAUGAUGACUGAGAAAGAGGCGCAUGUUUCCUCUGCAGAAUACUACAUGGAAUGUUUGACACAUUGGAUAAUACAGAAUGCAGAAGGGAAUCUCUCGUCAAUCUUAAAUCAUCAAGAUAAAUUCGGUAACACAGCACUGAUUAUUGCUGCAAAGGCAAAUAGCGUCAAGCUAGUGCAGAUGUUGGAACAAACGGGAGCUAGUCGUUUAAUCGAGAAUAAUAUUGGAUUAGAUGUUGGAGAUUUUACUGCGGCAGCGGCAGAAGAAAUGAAUAAUGAUGAACCAACGGUUCAAGGAAGCGAGGUUGCUAAUAAUUCUAUUACGACUAACGGCACAUGUUAUAACUCGCGGGAGCGCAGCAGAGAAUUCAUAGAAUCUCUCCAAAAGAUUGUCGAUGAAGCAGAAGAAGAGUAUUUAGAGCAAUUAAAUAGUAAAGAUCAGAUGAUCGAAGAAACGCGGAAGGAGGUUUACGCGAAACACGCAAUUUUGGAUCAAACGAACGAAAAGAUUAAACAUUAUCGACAAAAAGAGAGGGAGAUCUAUGAAACUGAAUCGCGAAUACGAUACCUUGAGAAAACAUUGAAAGAUGAGCAAGAUGUAACACGCAAACGUGCAAGAUAUGAUAAUACUAAUGGAUAUCAAGGUUCACGACUAGUCGACACAUCCAUUGUUGAAUUGGCGGUCCCUGCAAAGACAGAAAUAACCUUGACUGCACCCAUGAUUACUUCAUCUGGAAUGUCCACAUCACUUCCAAAGCCCAUUACGUAUGCUGCAUCAUCAUCAUCCAAGGAUAUCACACGACCGAUACAAAUAAUAACAGAACACGCAGCUUCUACAUCAACAACGGAUUCUUCUGCUAAUGAAUCUAAACAACUCCAAGCGAAAUUAGCAGCGUAUGCUAAAGAAGAAGCUGAAAUCCAACAAGAGAUCGCGGCGAUUAAUCGAAACACAACAGACAUUGAAACACAAUACAAAAUAAUAAUCGCAUCUUGCUGUGGUAUUGAACCUGAUCAAGUGGACAGUUUGCUCGACAGCUUAUUACUUGCCGUUGAGAGCGAUGGCUCUGAUGUUGACAUCGAUAAGAUGAUGACCUUGAUGCAAGCCGCCGAUCAAGUGGAAAUGGAAUCGUAA